GUCACUUUCCUCGUUUCCAGAAACGCUGCUAAGGAAGCGUCCCUGUUUCAUACAUUUUGCCCAUUGAAGUCAUUUGUGUCCUGUACAGAAUUGAAAGUGCAACAAUUUAACUGUAUUCUUGUUUUAUAUGGAGGAAUUUGAAGCCAGUUAGGUUUAAGUUUGUAACGUUGUGAAAGCAGCAAAUAAGCUAAUAGAAAACGCACUGACUCCUUGUAACGUACGCCUUUUUUCAUUUAAUGCUAACGUUACUGCACUUAUAGUCCGAAGCCUUUCCACCAAAAUGAUGACCUAUUCUGACUACGACUCUGACGGAUAUUCGUCUAAUGAAGAUAAAGACUACGUCCCAUCAGACGACAACCUCAGCGAGGACGACAUUAAUGAGUGUGAAAGGGAAGAGCCUCUGCACGAGGGCGACAGUGUGCCGCAUCCGCACGAUGUCAGCAAGAAGAAGAGAAAGAAAACGGACAUCGGUGUGAGAAAGAGGAAGAAAGGAGUGCUGAAAGUAGACGAGGAAGAGAUGGACGGAGGCGGAGCAGAAGAGUCGCAGCUGCCGCAGGAAGAGGUGGGAAGAGUCACGACGGUACGGGAAGACGACGACGAGCGACAGAAGAAAAAGUCUGACGACCUCUGGGCCAGUUUCCUGUCCGAUGUCGGAUCCAGACCCAAAGACCCCCCACCCGCCUCACAGUCUAGUAUGGCACAGAAGGAGGAUUCCGCAGUAUUGACGGUUGCUCCAUUGAGCACAGAAACAAAAGCAUCAGCACCUGCUACGGUCACCAUCACUAAAGUGUUUGACUUUGCUGGAGAAGAAGUUAGGUGAGUCCUCUGAACAUCAUCAACACACAAAACAGUUUUUGGAAGAUGGGAAACACAAGUAGAUGUUGUCAAUUAAUUAAUAAAUUCUGGUGAUCCAUUUUCUAAGUCUGAUUUAAAUAGUUUCUCUCCUGACUUAAUUAAUAUAGAACAGGUGUAAAAACGGUUUUGCCAGGAUAGUCAUUCCAAGUUCCGGAGAUAUGUGAAACAGGUGGGGAAAAACAUUUUGCCAGAUAAACAAACAAAUAUUUUAUCAGAAUCAUUUUUCUGAGUAGCUUUUUUUUUUUUGUUCAUCUGUAAAUACAGGUGGAAAACAAAGUCUUACUGUUUAUUGUUGUAAUACUCAUUUUGGCCACAGGAGACUGAAGUGCGCCCCUACCCCUUUGUUCUAAAUGGGACUAAAAGCAUCAUGUUUUUUUUUACUUUCAAUCAAAAAAAAAAAAAAGAUCUUCACUAAAAAAAAAAUCACCUGCUAAAACUUAGAAUUUAGAAAAGUUAUUCUGAAAAAAUGUAUUUUUUCACUCAGGAGAGAAAAAAAUUCGAAAAUUGAAAACUUUUUUUUCACAUCUGCAUCACAGGACUUCCUUAAAUCAAAACUUUUGAAGCUCACAGUUAAGUUGAAACUUUCCUGAACUAAAUAAUAAUAAUAACCUUUCAGUGAAUAAGAGCCCCUGGCAUCCUCUUGAUGUUAUGUUCCUCUAUACAUUCAGUGUAAUCAACAUACCCCCAAACAAAUAACUUCAGAUUGUAUAUUUGAUUAUAACCGAUGAUCUGAAAUUAGUUUUCACAUUGACCAGUAGGUGGUGCCAAUAACUCAGGCAUACGCAGGCUGGAUGAGUAAACAUCAUAAAGUAUGGUAUGAUAGAUAGUAGUAAUUAUGAUAGUAACUUUAUUCAUACAGCACCUUUUAAAGACAGAGUUAACAAAGUGCUUUGACAGACAAAAGCAAGGCAAACAAAGGUUCAAUUUCAACUGAUAAAACUGUACUAUAGAUGAAACAAUAGAAACAAACAAUACAAUAAAUACAAAUGAAAAAAAUGCAAUUAGAGAAAAUGAACAAAUAGAUGAAUAAAUAAUAAAUAUAAUAAAAAAAACAAAUAAAAGCAGCUCUAGUCAUGCUCUGUUACUUUGCUUUAGUCAGAUAUGAGUUCAGUUUUACGUGGCUCUUUUACCUCCAGUUCAACUUUCUUGUCCUGUGUAUUUGAAAUAGAAGGAAAUGCUCAUUCUCGGUAGCAUUCUCCGCCCUUAAUGUGGCACACAUCCACAGACAACACCUACAAAAGUCACACAAUAAACAGUGACGCAUCAGAGCAACAAUGUGUGGCACGUAUGGAUGGACGCGUCAACUGUUGCAGCAACCCGACAAUCAUCAGCAAGUUCCGUCUGUUUAUAUAGGGUGUAAUGAACAUUUUCAUUUCUUUUUUGCUUUUUUUUGGUAUUUUGUUCAG